AUGGGAAGGUAUACUUUCCCUGGUCUUAAACAACAAUUCAUUGUUGACGACAAGUAUGAAUUCGUACGUGAGUUGGGUCAAGGUGCAUAUGGUGUUGUAUGCGCUGCGCGUAAUACAGAGACGGGACAGGGUGUUGCUAUAAAGAAAGUAACGAAUGUCUUUAGUAAGACUAUACUUACCAAACGUGCUCUCCGUGAAGUCAAGCUCUUGCAGCAUUUCAGAGGCCACAAGAAUAUCACAUGCCUUUACGAUAUGGAUAUAAUCGACCCAUACAAUUAUAAUGAAGUAUAUCUUUAUGAGGAACUCAUGGAAGCCGACUUGCACGCCAUCAUCCGAUCAGGUCAACCGUUGACUGAUGCUCAUUAUCAAAGCUUUGUUUAUCAGAUACUUUGUGGCUUGAAAUAUAUUCAUUCUGCUAACGUAUUGCAUCGAGAUCUUAAACCUGGAAAUCUUCUUGUGAAUGCUGACUGCGAGCUCAAAAUAUGUGAUUUCGGUCUUGCACGAGGAUUUUCUGAAAAUCCAGAGGCAGAUUCCGGAUUUAUGACCGAAUAUGUUGCUACGAGAUGGUAUAGAGCCCCAGAGAUCAUGUUAAGUUUUCAGAGUUACACUAAAGCAAUCGAUCUCUGGUCAGUUGGAUGCAUCUUGGCCGAACUAUUAGGCGGCCUACCACUCUUUAAAGGAAGAGAUUUCGUGGAUCAAUUGAACAAAAUUCUUCAAACUCUAGGAACGCCGAAUGAAACGACUCUUCAAAGGAUUGGUGGCGCCAGGGCUCAGGAUUAUAUCCGCAGUCUACCGCCUAUGGCAAAGAGGCCAUUUCAACAAAUGUAUCCCAAUGCCAACCCUCUAGCAAUUGAUCUGCUUGAGCGAUUAUUAAGCUUUGAUCCCUCUGAGCGCAUAACGGUGGAGGAAGCUUUGGAACAUCCGUAUUUAGCCGUCUGGCAUGAUCCGAAUGAUGAGCCAGUUUGCCAUUCACAUUUUGAUUUCUCGUUUGAGGCUAUAAAUGAUCCUGAGGCGAUGAAAGUGAUGAUAGCUCAUGAAGUAGCCAAUUUCCGGGCCGUGGUGCGACGUCAACAUGCAGCUCAGCUGACGGUUGCUACUGGUCAACAGCAGAAAGCAAACCUGACAAAAAUUCCUGAUCGUGAUACUAUUCUCAAUUCACCGACGGCCGUACGUGAUGCAGACGCCUUCGUACGUGGAUUUGAUCAAUAUCGACCACCCGCGGCAGGAAUAAGCGAAGAUUUGGAAAGAGAAUUGAGCGGUGGUGUUGAAGCCAUGUAUACGACAUAG